AUGCGCUUCCACUUUGCUAUAUUUGUACUCGUCGCUACAGUAUCCGCGUGGGGUGUCACUUCACCGCCCGUGCUUGAUAAUGGUGUUACUGGGUUGCCUGAGGUCAAUUGUAUGGAGGAUCGAGUGCGGUUGACUUUCAAGACACAACGACCAUUCCAAGGAAGAAUUUUUGUGAAAGGCAUGGUCGAUAAAGACUCGUGUGUGAAUAGCUACCUCAGCAAUACCAAUACGGAAGUAUCAUUCGAUUUGGAAAAUGGCGCAUGUAAUAUGCGGAGGACCAGGAUGCUGGGACCAGAGCAACGAGGAGUGGAACAAUCUAUCACUAUUAUUAUUUCCUUCCAUUCAACAUUCAUCACCAAAGUGGAUAAAGCCUAUCGAUGCACAUGCUUCUAUAUGGAAGCUGAUAAGGUCGUCACCAGCAGAUUCGAUGUCAGUGCGCUGCCAACAACGGAUCUGAUCGAUACGGCUAGAAUGCCCUUAUGUACCUAUUCGGUCCGUCGAGAGUCCAUCACUGGACCGAUCGUACAAUUCGCACAAGUCGGCGAACCAGUGUUUCACGUAUGGCAGUGUGAGAGCGACAUGUUCUCAAUGUUGGUGCACAGUUGUUUUGUCGAUGACAGCAAUGGCCAGGAUCGGAAGCCUUUCCUCGAUGAGCACGGAUGCGCUAUUGAUCCAGUCAUUGUACCUGAUUUGACCUACAACAAAGAGAACAAUCUUGCAUUUGCACAAGUGAAUGUGUUCAAAUUUGCCGACAAGAUCACGACGUACUUUCAAUGCGCAGUUAGCACAUGCAUGAUCUCUGAAGGGAUGUGUGAAGGAAAAACGCCACCCAGAUGUGGACCAGUCACCCAACAUUUCCGUCUUGUUCGAUCAACAUCAGAAAUACAUAACAGCACACGUUCUUCAUGGGUCCAUCUGGACAACACAAUGGAUUUGUCGGCUCAGAAAAUUACCGUCCUCGAUUUGGAAGAGACACCAUCCGGCGAAGACGUCAACCCACAACCAGCACGUCUUCAGCUUAAUCCUGCCAUAAUCCGUGGAUUACAUAGUGAAGCAGUGUGCGAAGAAAAGAGGAGACUGGCUGUGGCCAUGCCUCGAACACUAAUACCCCAAACCCAAAUGUCCACGGGAGAUGCAAGCAUCGAAAAUAUUGUGGUACGCAGCCUUUAUGACGAAACUGACGAUAUUGUUCUCCAAGCAAAUGGUUAA